CCCCCCGGGUGCGGGCAGCGAUGCGGGUCAUGGGCAUCACCACCUCGGACUUGGCCAAGAAGGAAGUGGAGGAGUAUGGAGGCAACCAGACUAAGCACCAGCUCUUUGAGAAGAAGCGCCGUACACUCACAGAGCAAGUGUCAUUGCUGGCGAGCCGCGGGCCCACUGGCUCCAAGCCGGGCGCAGGCGACAUCAACGCGAGCUUCCUAGAGGAGGUGCUGCGCAAAGAGCGAGAGACUAUGGAGGUCAUGGCCCGCAUGGCCAAGGCACGACACGGUCAAGAGCCAGGAAGAUGGUUUUGGCAUUGCUGUGCCCAGAAAGACAUCCAGAGCACAGUCAUCAAGGAGCUGGAAAGUAGGCUGGAGUUCGAGAAGGGUAAGAAGAAGCAAGAGGAGAACUUGAAGAGGAUGAAGGAAUUGAAGAAAGAGCGGGACGACAAGCUGAAGGCUGCUCAGAAAGAGGCGGACAAGCGGCGGGAGAAGACGCGGGAGGUGCGCGACCGAAACGAGCGCCAGCUGCAGCGGCACUGCGAAGAGCUUCGCACGCAGCUCCGAGAGGCAGAUGAUCGAGUAGCCAAGUGCUUGAGCGACAUCAGACAGUCGCACGACGACUCCAUCGAGUCAAAGCAGGUGAAAGGUAUUGAAGCUCGGAAGCAAAAGGCAGCCUUUGAGGGCAUGCUGGUUCAGAAGCGCCAGGACAUGCACGAUUCCAUCGAGGAGAAGCAUGCGAGGAAGCGUGAUAUGCUGCAGGACCUUCUGAGCCAGAGGGUCUCGAACAAAGAGGCGUUGCUCGAGAAAGAGAUGCAGUGCCGACAACGAGUGGCCGAAUAUCUUGCCGAACAGCAGGCGGAGAUCGAGGACAAAUAUGAGGAGGCGAGACAGAGACAUAAGAAGGCACAAGACACCAGAGAAGAGAAAGGCACUGCAAAGUUGGAGGAGUUCAAGACGACCAAUCGGAAGAAGCGGCAAGCCUUCGCAUCGAGGUACGAGAGACUGCUGGUGCAACAAGAACGAGACCACGAAGAGUUUCGAAAGACUUGGGAAUCCAGGAGCUUGCAACGCUCAGCUUCAGAGACGCUGCGACGCAAAGAGAGGCCCGAGAUGCUCAGAGCGCGGGAGGAGGCCGAGCACUUCGCAGCCUUGGCCACAGAGAACCGGGAGAGGCUCCGCCGGGCCAACGCCUACGCGGUGGAUCAGCAAAUCGAAAAGCUCCUGGCGAUGCGCCAGCGCGCUCAGGUCUUGGAAGAUAAGAAGGCAGAAGCAGAUCGGACUCGCGCAGUCGUCAUGCGAAAUACGGCCGUCACCAAGCAUGAGUUGAAGCAUAAGGUGGAUCGCUUCAAGGAUGUAGGAGUGGAGAAGAUGUUGGAGCUGUUAGAGGACGUUGAGGUCGAGCCUGCUGCCAAAGUGAGGAUCAAUGAAAUCCUCGGCGAGCUGGGACUGCCUCCUUUGGGUGGCUACUCCCAGGAGGAGGAGAAGUGACACUCGGACUCAGCCUCCCGGCCGCCGGCCACCAGCCUCGCGACCUGUGUCACAUCGCAAGAUGUCACAAGAUGUCACAAGAUGUCACAAGGCAUCGCCUUUCGGUUUCACUCGCAUGCUUAAAGCAUCGCACGGCACAGCUUGCAGUGCUGGGACAUGCUGGGACAGACUCUGUCGAGCUUUUCAGCUGUUGGCCCAGCCCUGCAUUGCCGAGUCCGACCAAGUCGACAAAGGCCGCAGC